UCUAAUUUCACAAAAAAAAUAAUUAUUUUUUUAAAACAUUCUAGGGUUGAAAUAAAAUACAGGAUCACUUAAAAAGUUUGAUACUUCUAAGAUAACACUGCUAGUUCUAAAAGUAAAUAGUUUUUAUUUUAAAUACGCUUUGCAGAUCACUAUAAUUUCCUUUAAAUCAGAAUAUGAGUUAAAAUUAUAUUACCUAAAAACCUUAUUCUGACCCUAAGACCGAAUAUCUUUGAAUAGGUACGAGUUUCUGAGAAUUUUCAGUUGUGUUCCACUCUCACCUUGUAUGUCGAUAGCCAAGUGAUAUCAAAGCAAUUCCGACCGUUGCCCACCUCUGAGACAAAUAUUAGAUUGUUUCAGGUAAUCGUUUAGUAACAGAAGUAGCGUGUAACUCGCUGCACAUGUAGUUGCUUGUUUGAUUGUGCGAUAAUAACGCGUCUAAUUUCUCACUAAAUUUGAUACACCUAUAAUUUCUGCAUUUUAUGCAUGUUGUCUUUAAGAAGCCCGAUUUUGGCUUUCUAAAAAUCUAAUGGGCUUCUUAUCAUCUGAGCAAAUUGUCUAUUUUGGCUUCAGAAUAAUGAUUUAUAUGUAGAACUAUAUAUUUUCACUGUCAACGUAUUUCUGUUUCCUAAUGAAAUAAUAAUAAGCAAAAAUAAUAAUAUGCAACUAUUAUUUUCUUAAGUAGUUUAAUUUUGGAAAUAUUUUAGUAAUAAUAUAAACUUUGAAAUAGUUUUCUGUGAGAUUUAGGUAAUAUCAAAAAUGAAAAGAAGUGAAUUUCUGUUAAGACUAGCUAUGGAGAAUAAGAUUGCCACUGUUACUGAGGAAGCCAUCAAUGUUACCCAGAUUUCUAACUCAUCUAUUUUAACUGAAAAAUUAUCUGACAGUAGCAUUAGUCAAUUUAAUGGAACUGCUUUUUCUGAAUUGAAUCUGACCGAAAACUCACUAAAAGAUUCAUCUAUUUCAAAAUUAGACCCGUAUAACUUUAUACCGGAAAUACCUGAAGAAAGUCACUAUACUUAUUUAAAUAUUUCGAAAAACGAAAAACGAUCAAUAUGCAUAUUACCUUCUCCAAAAACCACAGCGUAUGAAGUAGUUUCUCAGACAGAUAAUUUGAUGAGCAAUUCCAGUCUUAUAAAUAAUUUGGAACCUGAAGAAUGUUACCCGAGAAAUGAAAAAAGCUCAUUAUACCUAUUACCUAAUUUACAAACUACUGCUUUUGAAGUAGUUUCUCAGACAGAUAAUUUUAUGAAUAAUUGCAGUCUUGCAAAUAACUUACAACUUGAAGAAUGUUACACAACGCCUAAUAUUACGGAUUCAGGUUUACAGUGUGAAAAUAUAAUGAGCGUAAAAGAAAAAAAUUUAACUCCGGAGAUAACUACAUUCGUGGAGUUUUUAUCUGAAUCUAAAAAUUUAGUUAAUCGAGAUUACACUACCUUAAAAAACGUAACAACUGAACUCCCUAUGCAGUUAUUAGAUUCAACGUCAUCUAACAUUCCAGACAGUAUAAGUAAUAUUGAUGACGAAUUAACAGAAGAGUAUGAAAGUUCAGGAACUCCGUACAUGCCAACGGAUUGUUCAUCAUCAGUAUCUUCAAAUUCCCUAUCAUUGUCAGAUGUUGACAGCGAAAUUUCAAAUAAUAUCACUACGUCAAAAAAAUGCCCAGUCCGUGAUGUAAAGAAGAUAUAUUACAAGGAGCAAAUCAAACCUAUACUCACUGAUAUCAGCAAUGUGAAGAAAGUUGACGAUAUUCAACCAAUAAUUCAGAGUACAAUAAAAGGUAGUGGAGGUAAAAGAAAGUUCGAUUCAGAAUGUCAAGGCGCAAAGGCAAAACUUCCGAAAGGUCCAACUACAUAUGUCACUGCAUUACCUUUGGUGGUUACUAAUCAUCAAUAUACGAAGAAGCCUUCUGCUAGAGAGAGGCCAACUAUUUGCCCCAUUUGUUAUGAGGAUGUUAUUACGCAUUUUACAAGACAUCUAUUCAGGCACCAUGAAAAUAACACUAAUGUUAAGCAAAUUCUCAGUCUGAAACCCAGGAGUAAAGAGCGCUUAGCUCUUGUUACAGCACUUCGCAAACAAGGAUAUUUUCAUUUAAAAACUGAAAAAGAUAUCCUUAAUCCUGUACGAAAUUCAAAAAAUCCAAAUACGGAUUAUUUUGUAUGUACCUAUUGUCUGGGACAUUUUAGUAAAAAACUGUUACACAAACAUGUUAAAGAUUGCAAACAAAAGCCAGCUAAUGUUAUUAAUCCUGGCAAAAACUGUUUAACAAAGUCUCAAACGUUUAUGGCAUCGAUGUUAUCAAAAAAUCACGAAUAUUUAAGAACAUCUCGCAUAAAAAAAGAAGUAUUCGAUAUAAUGAGACCAGACGAUAUAAGUGCAGUAGCAAAGAACGAUCCGCUAAUAUGUUUAUACGGCGAAAUGCUUUUAGUAAAACAUAAACGACAACAAAUUGCCACUGUAAUAUCUAAUAAAAUUAGAGAAAUGGCUAGAAUGCUAAUAACUGUAAAAUCAAUGAAUACAGAAAUUUAUGGAUUGUUCGAUGUACUACGGCCAGAGAUGUUUGGGACUCUGCUAUCAGCAGUCAAACUCAUUAGCGGUUAUGACGAAUCUCAGAAGAGCUUCAAAGCUCCAUCUCUAGCUUUACAUAUGGGAACAAAUCUAAAAAUAGUAUGCGAUGUUGCCUUCAAAAUUGUAGUUGAAAAAAAGAAGCUUCCUAAUAUAAAUUGGGAUAACAGAGAACAAAAGAAAAAUGAUAUUAAGGAUUUAAAAAAAUUAAUAGUAGGACACUGGUGUAAUGAAAUAUCUAGUCUAGCGUUAAAAACUCUACAGGAGAGAAAAUGGGAAAAACCAGUAGAUUUGCCAUUAACAAGUGAUAUACUACUCUUUCAAACAUAUGUUAACAAUCUUGCCGAGCUUGCGUAUGAAAAGUUAAAGAAUAAUAUAAACAUCCAGAAAAAUUAUAAAAUUUUAACUGAAUGUGUCUUAACUCAAACUGUCAUGUUUAAUCGUAAGCGAGUAGGUGAUAUCCAAUAUUUGAAAAUACAAACCUACUGUAAAGAUAUUGCUAGGACUGAUCAAGAAGCUUUUACUCAAUCGCUUACUGAGGUAGAAAAAAUUUUAAGUAAAAAAUUUAAAAGAGUUGUAACAGGUGGGAAGGGCUCUAAACCAGUUCCCAUUCUUUUCUCUACACGCAUUCAACUAUUCAUAAAUUGUUUACUCAAAAUUAGAGAAACUACUAAUAUAGUUCCCAAAACAAAUCCAUAUCUAUUUGCAAACCCCGAUUCCGAAAAUAGAUGGAUGGCCGGAGCCAAUAUUAUUCGCCGUUUGGCUAAUAAUUCUGGAGCUAAACAACCGACUUUAUUAACAUCAACAAAAUUCAGAAAGCAUAUAGCAACGACGUUGCAACUAAUGAACAUGCAGCCAGAAGAAAUGGAACAAGUAGCCACAUUUAUGGGACACACAAACAAAACCCAUGCUGAAUUUUAUAGAUUGCCGCAAGACAUUUACCAGACUGCAAAGGUUGCCAAAGUGUUACUUUUACUUGAAAAGGGAAAAGGAAAAGAAUUUCAAGGCAAAACUUUAAACGAAAUAGACCUUAAUGAAGACAUUUAUUACAGUUCAGAGUCCGAAGAAGAUGAGGAGGGCCUUGGCGAUUUACAUCUUCCGACGGCCAGUACAUCUGCCACUGAUAAAAUUUCUAUUAAUAAACGCAAGAAAAAAAAACAUAAGUAUUUUAUAGAACCAGCAGGACAAAAAUAAUUAGAGAUGACAGAAUUAGGAGAAAAUAUACUGAAUGAAGAACGUGUUUUAGAAGAAGGAUUAAGACAAGAGAAAUUAGUGGAAGAAGAAUUAGAAGAACCGAAAUUAAGUAGAGAAAAAAAAGUAAAAAACAAAAAUGAAACUAAUUCUUCUAAAAAACUUUGCGAGAGCAAAAAAAUAUCUGGCCGGACUCGGUGGACUGAUCAAGAGAAAACACUUGUAUUAGAUUAUUUUAAAGAUCAUUUGGAAAAAAAAGCUACACCUAGAAAAUACGAGUGUGAUCAAUUUAUUGCCAAGCACGGAAAAAGUAUGAUAAACAAGGAUUGGGUGAAGAUCAAAACCUUUGUUUACAAUUCAUUUAGAUUGUCUUAAACUCUUUUUAAAAAAUUUUCAAUUUUAAGAAUUUUAGUUUUAAG